AAGCUGAGUCUGAGUCUGGAGUUCUUUUGUGUGUAUAACUAACGGUCGGUCCUCAAUUUUAUCGGUUGUGUGCAAGUGUGAAAGAGCCCAAAAAACUGGUCAUAAAUUUAAACGUUAAGAUACUGUUCUGUGCAAUAGAGCUGAAUUGAUUGGGCAGAAGCAGGAGAAGUCACAAUAUGAGAAAUAAUUAUAAAGCGCUUCUACUGGCAUCGUUUGUGACAUGGUCGGGGGUGUUGUGCAGCACAGUGUUAGGCACCACAGAGGGCCAAGAAACACCUCUCGCACUUCCUGUGGCGGAGCAGACCCAGCCCACAACAGCUAUACAAGGAGAAGUAUGGGAGGAGGACGAUCACGAAGUGUUAAUAAGGAAUGAACGGGGCACCAAGAGCGACGGCUUGUCGUGCCGAUAUGGCAAGAAUCCUUGGACUGAGUGCGAUACAAAAACCAAUACACGUUCCAGAACCUUGACAUUAAAGAAGGGCGAUCCAGCGUGCGACCAAACGCGAACCAUUCAGAAGAAAUGUAAAAAAGCAUGCCGGUAUGAAAAGGGAUCCUGGUCGGAUUGCGCAACUGGACAAAUGACUAGAGCUGAUAAAUUAAAAGCAAGCAGUGAUCCGUCCUGCGAAGCAACGCGUGUCAUUAAGAAGAACUGCAAGCCCGGAAAGUCCAAGGACAAGAGUGCCAAAGAACAGCGUAAGAACAAAGAUAAAGCUACUCGCAAAGGACGCGCUUAAGUGAUUUUAUACUCGAUAAUUUUAAAUGCCCAGUGUUGGUUUGCAUCACUCCGAUGCUAAAAAUUUAUAAUAAACUUAUUUUU